AUGGCGUCCGGACCAACGCCACAACCGCCACAACUGUUUCCGCAGGUGGGAUUCGAAUUAAACCGCGCGGAUCUCCUUAUUCGAGGUGGCAGCCAGCAUGACGGCCAAGAGAUCUUUGUCGACCACGUUACUGGCAGGCGUUUGUUGAUCUACAUAGACAGGGAGGUAGAAGACUCGGCGUGUUUGGCUCGUCUAUGGCUGCGAAAUGGCGGCCGCCUCGCCAUGAGCCCCCAUCAGGAAAACUGCAACCUGAUCAUAAUCCCCAAGCCGGAUGUAGACGCCAAGCUUUGGUUUGUGCACCCACUCGCCGAACUGUAUUCCCACCCCGCGUGGCUAAAUUACCUGCAACGGGAGAAGCGUAAAGACGACUACAUCAUUGGUAGGACCGGCCCCCAAGGUUGGUGGUCGAAAGUGCUUUUGCACGCCCGCUGGAUACAGAGUUGCUGUGAUACCGGCCGCUUCAUGGGCCAUACGUAUGGGUGGGACAACCUCCGUAUGGGGCCACCGCCAAAGGAUAAGCAGCUCUUAGCCAUUUGGAAUCUCGGACCUUCUGUCCCACUUGCCCCUUCACCGCCUAUAACGAGGCCUGAGCAGCAACACCAGGCUCCGGCGAGGACGGGACCACCGACUUGGCGCACGGCCGACCAGGCAGCCGCUUCCCAAGAGCGUAGCCACGUUCGGGACCCAACGCCAGUGGCGCCAGAGCCAGAGGUUGACGAGCUGGAGGACGACGCAGACGUCAAUGUUAUUGCCAAGAGGAAGGGUUCCAAGAAGAAGGCUGCUGCAGCGAAGGUUGUGGUCAAGAAGGAACUGGUGGAAGCGCAUGAUGGCCCGUCGGAGGCUCCCACUGCCACAGCUCGUCCCACUGCCACGGCUCGUCCCAUCGGUACCAGCGUGCCGGCCGUAGACGAGUCCAUGCCGACACCUCUCCAGGAGACCAACGUCGCCGCAACUGGUUUCAGGGUGCCCGCCGUAGACGAGUCCACGCCCCCACUUCUCCCAGAGAACAACGUCGCUGCCACUGGUUCCGGCUGCGUUUCGUCAUCUGCGGCGCCCGUUACGCCGACUCGUUCGACGGUCGCAGAGCCAUCACCGUCUCCAAACAUCAUCGACUUGACUUUCAUGGAUGACGACGAAGUGGACGAGGGUCUUCUUUCCUCGCCAUUGGAGCCUCGAGUCAAGUUGGAGCUGCAAUGCCAGCGUCAGGAGGAAGAAGAAGCAGUGGGAGUUACUAGCAACCGGGAUCAGACGUCGCCACCCUCGGAUAAUCCCCAGUCUCCAUCGACUGAACAUCCCGAUGUGGCGGCACCACACACACAUCGCACUGUUCUUCCUGCGCUUCCUUUGGAGCAGACUCCGCUGCGUUCCAUUCAUGACAUUCCCAAGGACGAGCUCUUCACACCAGGGAGGCAUGUCCAACCGUCGACCGGAACUGGAGCUGGUUCCAGGGCCAACCGCGACCGUCGUCCAGCUGCCGCCAAUUCCUCCCAAGGUGGCUCUGGCUCUCUUUCGACCAACGUGUACCGUACCGACCACUGGUCGCCUGAGCGGCCAGCAGCUCGCCGUCUCGAUCACUGGUCACCUCCUAGACGUGGACGGCCUCGUGGUUUGAACGCCCUCCCCCCUCGUGGUACAUCGCCGUCUCCGGACAAGUCCCACAGAGAGGUCAACCUCUUGGAACCAGUCCUCCAUUCCCGUGUGGAUGUGAGAAACAAGUCGGCAACCGAGAAGGACGGCACAGCAAGCCACACUAUUCGCCCUGGCCCUGCCACGCGGCGACUGCCCAACACUCGUCCACGGAGCGACUCAAGCGGCAGCGACGACGACGAUGAGGCGGACAAUGCCCCAUUGCGCGGCCCACAUGUCACACAUACAAAGAGAAAGGCGACCCUGCGUGAGGUCCCCCCUCGACCCAGCACCAACCCCCGGCCCGCGGGUGCCGCCAACGUCGACUAUGAUUCGCAGGCGUCCGGUACCGACACAUGUGGGUCCUAUGACUCUGAUAGAAGCCCAAAUGUGUCUCAUGUGUCUGAGACCGACCUCGGGGAGGACAACGACUCCGACGAGGACGGCAACCCUGACUCCGACCCCGAGUCCGAAAGUGAGAGUGAGAGCGACAGUGACAGUGACAGCGAGUCCGAGUCUGAGUCCGAGUCCGAGUCCGAGUCCUCUGAGUCCGACGCCGCCGCAGACUCCGACUGGGUUCCGGCAGGAGGGUCUAUUAGACGCCUGCAAUCCCGAAUCCAUCCUUCCCGGUCUGUCAUCACCGCCGACCUAUUCUUCGAGGGAAAGAAGGUCUGGAUUGAUCCCUUCCAUUCUCAUGAGGCUAUGCGCCUUGGCUUUGCCAACCAGGUUGAGGCUCAUGGAGGCCAAGUGGUGCUGUGUCCUUUGGAGGCUACCCAUGUCGUCAUCGAGGACUAUAGCCAGCCACGUUGGGCUGCCUGGGUCAACCAAUUCCCUAAUCCAGACACGUGGAUUGUGUCGACUGUGUGGCUAUCGAGAUGUUUCGCCUUGCGCAGGUUGAUCGACGCGACACGCUAUGCCCCCAACCCAGACAAGGUCCGACCCAUUGCCACCGGAGUCUCUGUAGCUUCCACACAAGCGACCUGCUGUUCCCGCGACGUGCACAUGGUCUGUCCCUCAUCCACGCUGGCCCCGCCCGCAGACUCCCUGGAGCUGUCAUCUUCCAACGCGUCAGCCGACCUUGCCCUUCCAGAGCCCUCAUCCGCUGCACCGCCGCCUCCUGUUGGCACAGCGACAUCGGACGCAGUGGCGCUUGCUUCGGACUUGGAUGUCGCCCCUUCUCCUGCCUCCGGCUCGGCUCUCCCAACCCCCUCGUACAUUGAUUCGCCGUUUGACAUGUCCAGCAAGAACGACUUUGGCCAAUACGGUUUCAAGUGGAGCACAGAGGACGAAGUUGACCUUUUCCGCGCCGAGUUCCCUCUCAUCUGUCGCGUUGUUCCCCGCGGCAAGUGGGAUAUCUCUGUUGGCCGCUAUCUCCACUUCCGUUGCGGACACCACUCGUCCAGCACCUGGCUCCGACACUUCCGGUCCUGGCUUUCUCGAGCCGGCAAGUUUGCCGACCUCGAACACAACGACUGGACCCAUGCCGACGGUGCCGCCCUUCCUGUCGACGUCGUUCCUCUCUGCUUGCGUAUCAAGACAUUUAGGAAGGUUUUCACGGAUGUGCAGCUCGAUCCAAAUGAAACUGUCCGCACCAUGUUCCAGAGCCAUCCACAAGUCUCCCAUCAAGAGUGGGCCGAACACUUCAAGUGGUGGAUCAAGCGGGGAGGCCCUUACCGCAAGGAAAGGUACACUGUUCCAAAGACCAAGGCCCCCCCCAGUGCGCAGCCCAAGUCGAGUGGUAGCCUGCCCCGCGCGUCCAGCUCGUCCGCCAGACCUGUCGUCGCUCCUGUCCCCGACCACAAGGCAACGGAAACAGAGCUGAGGUGCUUGGCCAACUAUGCGGCUCAACUCGAGGACAUUCUUGACAACGGCGACCACGCCGCCGCUGCAUGGAUAGACUUCACCGAGCGCAACCCCUACCGUGCUGCGCAGGACUGGCUCGACCUCUUCCUCCGCCAUCGUCCUUCGCUCGAGCGAGAGAUUCGGCAAAAGUCCAAGAAACGGCAGACAGACUUUGCGGGUACCUCGUACAUUGUGAGCCCUCGGCCUCGAUGGGUUUCGGACAGCCAGGAAACUCGUGAGAGCCUGGACCAUUUGAGUCAACUCAAGGCGGUUGAGCGCAAGAAGAAGUCAUUGGCCGACGGUGACUCGCCGUCUCCCCCAAGCUCGGCGCCGUCUCCACCCUCGGACGAUCUCCCGCCGCCUUCUCCGAGGUACUCGCCGUCUGCUCCAGUACCGGAUUUCCCCGUGCACUCCCCCGCUCCCUUGGUAUUGGAUCUGUGCGAGUCUCCUCCUCAACCUUCUCUCGCUUCGGCGCCCGUGGCAGCCACAGCAGACCAGGCGUCGUCUGGAACGUUUCCAGCUGCCAGCGCCCCACAGACGUCUUCCCCGCCUACUGCUUCCGUUGAACCCGCCCCCUCAUCCGCUGUAAGGUCUACUGCCCCCACCCCCGGCGACCUCUUCGACGCCUUCGAGAUGCUCGAACGUCUCGGCGGGGUCGCCUCGCCCGCUAACCCCGUUACCAAGGGCGAGUUGGGGACCAUGUCCAUCUUGGCCAACCAGCAACAUCCCAUUCCCUGGAGUGAGGUCGAGUGGGAGGCGUUCGCCGCCGUCAACCCAUACCGCAGCUCACAGCAAUGGCUGUGCGAGUUCCUCCGCCACUACGGCGACGUCAUGAGCAGGGUCGACACCAGGCGCCGGCGCAAGAACGUCGGUGCCGCAGCUUCCCUCAAGGUGUGGCCCCGUCCCAGGUGGGUCACGCCCCAGGAAGAAACGGCCUCGUCGCUGGCUUGGAUCCAGCAAGAGCUGGACAAGCGGGCUGCCCUCGCUGCGCGCAAGGCAGAGGAAGCGGAACACCAGGCGGAACGGGUGAGCAGAGAAGAGGAGGAGUUGAGGAAGAGGGAUGCUGCUCGCAAGAGCGCCGAGAAGGCUGCUGCUGAGAAGGCUGCCGCGGAGAAGGCUGCUGCUGAGCAGGCUGCUGCCGAGAGAGCUGCUGCCGUGAAAGCGGCAGCUGAGGUGGCAGCCGCGAAAGCGGCAGCUCAAAAAGCUGCAGCUCAGAAGGCUCAGGCUGAAAAGGCUGCUGCUGAAAAGGCUGCUGCUGAAAAGGCUGCCGCUGAAAAGGCUGCCGCUAAGAAGGUUGCUGCUGAGAGAGCUGCUGCCGUGAAAGCGGCAGCCCAGAAGGCUCUUGCUGAGAAGGCGCUUGCUGAGAAGGCGCUUGCUGAAAAGGCGCUUGCUGAGAAGGCGUUUGCUGAGAGGUUGGCCGCCGAGCGAGCUGCUCUAUUUCAAAGCAGGGCCGUGGCUGCGGCCGCUCGCGUCCAGGAGGCCAAUGCCGCGCGUCUCCGGGCACAGGAGACGACCAACGCUGCUGUGGCAGCAACGGUGGCGACUGUGCUGGCCACCCGGAAGACAGGUCAAAAGGCCGUGGUCGAGUCGCCUGCAAGGGCGGUCGUCCAGGACGGCCUUGAGGACCUCUUCCGGGAGGCAAUGGAGCGCCGGAGGAUGGCGGUCGAAGCGACGCCGAGGACCGCAGAGCAGUUGAAGCGUGCUGAGGAGGCGUCUGCCAAGGCUGCCGCUAAGCGGAAGGCGGCGGCGGCCAAGAAGGCUGAGAAGAACGCUGCCGACGAGAGGCAGCGUGUUGAAGACGAAGCCGCCGCAGCUAAGGCUGCUGCUGCUGCUGCUGCUCAAGCGGAAGCCAAAGCCAAAGCUGAGAAGGCCGAGAAAGCGGCAGCUGAGCAGCGGCAUGUUGAAGCCCAGGCGGCGGCUGAGGCUGAAGCCCAGGCCAAGGCCGCUGCUGAAGCUGGGGGUGCAGAGGAGGCGAUGAUCACCAAGAAUGCCAGAAGGCGCAGGAACAAGUCGAAGCGCAGGGCAGGUGAGACGACGACGACGGCGACGACGACAGCAACAACAACAGCCCCAUUCACGUCAACGCCUACCUCUACCACCUCCACUUCGUUCACUGCCGGCAGCCUCCCUCCUUCGUCGUCGACAACUAGCAAGACGACCAUGACCACGACCACGACCCAUGUCUCUGUUCCCACGCCAGCCUCGCUCCCGACCCCAGCACAGACCACCAUUGCCCCGACAACUGUUGCGAAGCGCAAACGCUCGACAACAUUCUCCAUUGCCACACCCGCCGAGUCGGCCGCAGACGCUCCUGCUGCGAAGCGCCAACGUCAGCAACCACCCAAUUCGUCGACAAGCACUGUUGCCCUGGCCACAUCCGUGACCGUCGCUGCACCUGUGCCCUCCUUAACGACUUCCGCCACAGCAACAACAUCAAGCACAAACACAAGCACCGCUGCCAUUCCGCCGCGCCCAACCAUCGCCGCUCCGCGACCCUCCUUUGUCAUCCCGAACCCUGCUCCCGUCAUUCCUGUCCACCCCAGGGUCGAAGAGCUGCGGGCCAUGCUCCUGUACAUUGAGAGUGAGAAGGCGAGUGCCCCUCCUGCCUCGGACCCCGUCCUCUUCAACCAGACCAAGCACUGGAAGAAGUUUGCCAAACACAACUGCCACCGCAAGGCCAGCACGUGGCGCGAGCUGUGGAACAACCACAAAGCGAGCCCCGACGCCGACGGCUUUGAGGCUGCCGCACGAGGCCACGCCGACGUCAAGCCCGACAUCAACAAGCUGCCGCCACUGGGCGACGCUAAGCGCCCCUUCGUGUUGGAUUAA